UUUGAUGUUGUGGAAACUAUGGAUGAAGCUUUGAUUUUCAACAUUAGGAUCAGUGAUGUGAAUGAUCAUGUACCCCAGUUUCCUGAAAAGGAAUUUAACAUCAGUGUGAAGGAGAACCAAACUGCAGGUCAACCUAUUUUUCAGAUGUUAUCAGCUGAUUUGGAACAAGAAAAUACUCCAAUUUCUCAUCCUUUAUUUCCUUGUUUCUCAAACACCAUUAUGAAAGAAAGUGGCUUCUGGAUUGGUCAUAUUAGUAGAGAAAUUGACUCAGGAUGCGUAUAUUAUGAGACUGCCCCUCAGUUUACCUUACUCAUCAGAGCAAGGGAUUGUGGACAGCCAUCCUUGUCAUCUACGGGGACAGUUCAUAUCGAUAUUCAGGAAGGCAACAACCAUGUGCCAUUUACCCAGGACCAGUAUAAGAUUCAAAUUUCUGAAUGUCAAGUCCUCCAGGGUGUGUUGCAUCUCUUGGUUCAAGAUCCUGAUUUACCAUUUACAUGGGCUUGGAGAGUAAAAUUCUCCAUAUCGAAGGGCAACAAAGAGGGACAUUUUGAUGUCUUAGCUGAUCCUGAGACCAUUGAAGGGAUUUUAAAUGUUAUUAAGCCUUUGAAUUAUGAAACCCACACAGCUCCCAGCCUUGUCAUUGCUGUGGAAAACCAAGAGCAGCUCUUCUCCUGCAAGGGGGACCAGUCCCAGCAGCUUGGGAGGGCAGUGGCCAGUGCCAUGAGGGUUCAGGAGGUAGAUGCCAACAACACACCUGCCUUUCACCCCCAGAGCUUCACAGUCAGUUGAGAGGACAUUGCCAGGCCUGGAGUCCAGCUGGGAACUUUCAGUUCUAUGGAUCCAGACAGAACUCCAAGUCUGAUAAGAUAUGAACCGGCCCAUGAUCCGGCAGACUGGGUCACUGUGGUUGGAAACUCAGGAGUGAUUACCACCAGGGAAGCACUGACCCAGCCCCCUCAUGUACAUGAUAGCUUUUACACAAACUGUCAUGCUGUUGACAAUGUCUGCAGUGGGCAGCCCGCCCUCCUGGAGGCAGAGGAUCAGGACCCAGCCCUGCUCAGACCAUUUACAUUGGAAUUGGACAACGCCUGGGCAAAUGCAGAAGACACCUGGAAAUUGGGGAAACAUCAGGGUCACUCAGCUGAACUCCUGAUGCUGAGAAGCCUCACCCCUGGUAGUCCCUCAAUGCGACUCUUCACUGGAGACAGACAGGGCCUCUCCCGGAAGCAGAUUGUCCUUGUGAGUGUCUGUUCCUGUCCCCAUGGAUUCACAUGCACGGAUCGCUCAGAUGCAGCCAUCAAGCUGGUGGGAGCCCUGCUCCCUGUCUGCGUAGCAUCAGUGGUUCUGGAGGUCCAUGGGCCAGAGGGGCAGAUUCACAGAGGUGGGAGGUGGGUGACAUCAGGGUUGGUGGGAGCCACUGACGAUGGCCUUCAGGUUGACUGGGAUCAAAGGUCCCAGCCAUCCUGGCUGGCUGCAGAAGCAACUUCUGCUUUAUUGCCAGCAAUUUCAGUGGUGGAGCCUACAGAGGGGCUCAUCCAAGAGUAGUCCCUGGUUGUGUGCAUCUCAUAACCACGAGGCUCCUGGGCUUGGCCAAGGUAAUAAAGAAACUAUUUUUUUUCUCAUGAAACAAUCUAAUAUUCCUGGCCAGAUAGAAGCAAUCAGUUAACAAACAGGUAUCUGACUCUACCUGUGCCCUAAGCUGCGUUGCACUCUGUAGCUGUAGAGAUGAUAAGGACAAACUGUGGCCCUGUCUGCUUGUGGCUGGGUUAGAGUGCUUGCACCCUGACGCCCUUGGAGCUCUGGUGAAGGUGAACUUGCUCUGUCCCUCCUGCUUAGCUUGUCACAGCAACCCUGCUUUCCCUGCCACGCUGCUACUUUACAUCUGAACCCAGAAAGCACAGAGGCGGUUCCUCAAGAUGACCAGAUCCUAGGGCCUGGGAUUUAGCUCAGCAGUUCUGCCACCUGCCUUGCAAGCGCAAGGUCUCGAAUUCGAUCCUUGAUACCAAAAAAAAAAAGAUGACCAGAUCCUGAUCAUGUAGAGCAGCGAGGGCAAAGCCAUU